AUGGCGGUGGUUUUACGAUAUGUUGAUGCACAUGGUAUUGUUAAAGAGAGAUUUUCUGGUAUUGUUCAUGUGACGGGGACAUCUUCUUCAAUUCUUAAAYCUGCCAUUGAUAGUUUAUUUGUUGAACAUGGAUUGAGUUUGAAACAGGUAAGAGGGCAAGGUUAUGACGGAGCAAGCAAUAUGCGGGGUGAGUUCAAUGGAUUAAAGGCCUUGAUCUUGAAUGAAAAUAGCUCGGCAUAUUAUAUCCAUUAUUUUGCUCACCAACUUCAAUUAGUUGUUGUGGCGGUUGCCAAUAAACAUGAUGGAGUUGAGAACUUUUUUAAUAUGUUAGGAAUGGUGAUCAAUGUGGUGAAUGUUUCUUGCAAGCGUAAAGACAUGCUUCGACAAAGUUACAAAGAUAGAGUGCAAGAAGCAAUUGGUAAGUGUGAAAUUGAUACUGGAACAGGRAAAUGCCAAGAACUUUCUCUUAUACGAGCCGGAGAUACACGGUGGGGUUCUCAUUACAAAACCAUUUUGAGCUUGAUUGUUUUGUUUCCGAAUGUUGUUGAAGUGCUCCGGUAUGUUGAAGAGGACGGGGAUAAUAAGGUCACAAACUCGUUGUCACGGGCUCUUCAAAAAAAGGAUCAAGAUAUUUUGGAAGCGGUWUCAUUGAUAAGAGGAACCAAACAACUAUUGCAACAAUUUAGAGAAACUGGUUUUGAUCCACUUUUGAAGAAAAUGUAUUAUUUUUGUGAAACAAAUGGUAUUAAGGCUUCGGAUAUGGAAGACCGUUAUUCAAAAACCAGAAGACAAAGGACCAACAUCACCAAUUGUCAUUAUUACAAGUUUGAUAUUUUCAACACUGUUGUGGACAUGCAAAUUCAAAAGUUUGGGGAUCGAUUUAGUGAGGUAAGUACUGAAUUGCUUAAAAAUAUAGCAGCUUUGAGCCCAUGCGCUUCAUUUUCGCAGUUCAGUGUAUCAGAUUUAUUGAAGUUGAGUGAGUUGUAUCAUCAAGAUUUUAGUCAUAUGGAAAGGAUCGCUCUUGAGAAACAACUUAACAUGUACUAUUUGAUUGUGCGUCAAGAUGAAAGAUUUGCCAAUUUGACUGGUAUUGCCGAGCUCGUUAGACUCCUAGUGGAAUCAAAAAAGCAUCAAACUUAUCCUCUAGUAUAUCGGUUAUUGAAGUUGGCUUUGGUUUUGCCGGUUGCUACUGCAACAGUCGAAAGAUGUUUUUCUGCUAUGAAGAUUGUGAAGUCAGAUUUGCGCAACAAAAUCGGUGAUGAAUUUUUGAAUGCUGCAAUGAUAUGUACUAUAGAAAAAGAAGCACUUCUCGCAGUUUCAAAUGAUGAUGUAAUUACUCAAUUUCAAAAGAUGAAAAGUCGUAGGGCACAGUUGUAA